UUUAUUAGCGCUCUAGCGGUAAACACUCUGUUAUUAUUUUCCACUUUAAAUGUGUUGUAAAAUCUAUAAAAUCAUUGCUUUACAAACAAAAACGUAUUGUCGUAUUGGAAGAUUUUAAAAUAGUCGCGCAAAAAAAGGUUUUUGGCCAAAUAAAUGAUUUUUUGAACGAUUUAAAGUAAAUAUUUGCAGAGAAAGUAAAACAAAAUAAUAGUUUUUAAUUAAAAUGUAAAUUUAAAAUAAAAUUAACGCGCAAUUAUCAUGCAUUACUAACGUGUGUGAUGUCAUGACAUACCACAGUAAAUACACUGGGGAGCUAUUAUCUAUUAAAAUAGAGUUUGUGUGUAUAAGUGAAUUAAUAGAAAAUUGUAUAUAAUUAAUAGUUUUUAAUGAUUUAAAUAUAAGCUAAAGUCCUUCAUACAAAAUUUUGUUAAGAAAAGUAGGAAAAAAGUGAUUUAAAAUUCUUGGGAAAAUAAAUUUUAAAAUCGACCGUUAAUCAUCACACACGUUAUGAAUAUAAAGACAGAAUUUCAUUCCCGAGAUUCAUAUUAACUAUGAAAACAUAAAGUGAUAAAAAAACCUGUUCUUAACUAUUUACAAGAUCUCUAAACUUAUAUUUCUUUCAGUUUUUUUUUUUUUUUUGAUCCUUAACAUGUCCUUUUUAUCGCCCCUGUUGAAAUUAGAAAAUCUCUCAACGAAACCCAUCAUGAGUUUGGAUCAUAUACCCGAAGAGAAACGUUAUAAUAAAAAUAAUAUUGUAGCCAAAUGGUGUGCACCGAUAAAUGGUAAAAUGUAUCGAAUUGAACUGGAACAUGGCACAACCAGUGGCAGACGUAUGAUAUGGGUUAAUGGGAAGGAAGUCUUAAGACGUGACUGGAUGUUUAAGCUGGUGGGUGAAGAUACUUUCUAUAUAAAUGAUGCCCGCUGUAUUAUACGAGUCGAUCCAGCGCCUGGUUUCAAAUAUGAAUAUCUUCUUUUUAUUGAUGGCAAAUCUCAUGAUCAGUAUACCGAGGAACAGACGAAACAAUAUCGUUUAUGGGUUACAACUAUAAAUGGCGUAGAAUAUCGGAUUAUGUUGGAAUUGGAUACAUUGAAUUUAUUCAUUAAUGAUAAACUACGGAAUGAAACGGCCGAAUUUGUCGACGGUGGCACCGAUACUGUGGUCCAUGAAAACGAUGUUGAAUUUCGCCUGCAGACACGUUCCAGCGGCCACAAACUUAGUGGUAUUGUACACACCCUGCUGGCCAAUCAAGUUGAAAUACCCGAAGCAAAAAUUCAAGAAAUAAUGCAGGAGCCCUGUUCGAUAUUAUCAACAUAAGGAAUAUAACCUUUUAUAAAAUCAAUAUAAAAAAAUAACAAAAACAAAAUGUGAUCUUUUAAUGAAUAAUUAUAAAAAUUAAAUAUAUUAGAAAUAAAGUUUAAAUUAGUUUCAUAUUUAUAAAUAGUUUAA